CGCCGCAAUGCAGCGCCUCUCCAUCGGAUCGCCGGGCCCGAGACCCAGCCUGGACGCCGCGGAGGAGGCGGACGAGAAGGCGACGGGGAAGGCGGCGGGCAGGGCGGCCGCGCCGGACAAGUCCAUCCACCUCGUCCCGCUCCUCACGCUCCUCUGCCUCCUCGUCCUCUUCCUCUUCUCCCACGACCCGGCCACCACCGUCGCCGAUUCGCCGCCGGUCCUGGCCGUCGCCGCCCGCUCCCUCGAGGCCACAGCCGAGACGACGGCGUCGGUGGCUCGCGGCGACUUGGCGUACCGGCGGCUCAAGGCGGACCCGACGCUGCGCCGCGGGCGAAGGGUGCGGGCGGCCCGCCGGUGA